UUUUCUGUUUACUGGGGCAAGGAAAGAGUGCUGCAUAGGGGUCCAGUGGGAUCUCAUGGCAAGGAAAAUUGUCCGUUCCAGAAUUAUUUGUCAGUGUAAGGUAAUUUCUAUCACAGAACUUGGUGCCAGCCUCACCCACGUGCUUUGUGAGGAAUUUGCUGGAAGGAAUCCUGGGCAGAAUAAUCAGCGAAGCAUCUUUUUCCUGCUGAUGGACAAGUUUGCCUGCUGGAGCCCCGUCUCCCUGCAGCGUGACUGGUUCAAGCGCAGGCCCAUCAAGGAAGCCCUUUCUUCUGCUGCUUUCCCUUUGCCAGGGAACCGGCUUUGUGUGACUCAGAGGUGAAGGCUGAGGUUCCCUCUUCUCUCCAGAGAGUCCCUCCCAGCCCCCAGCCUUUAUCUCACAUGCUGUGCAAGCUAUUUGCAGAGAGCCGGUAUAAAGAGGCUGGCAGACUGGUGCCUGAGGGAGCAAGAAAGGGCACAAAACCAGCCUCUGCCCAACUUGUGUGCCAGCUACCUCUAAGCAGCAUGGGGAAGGACCAGUUUGCUGUGGGACCGAGGAUCUUGCUCCUUCUCUUGUUCCUGAUUCCUGGAGAGGCUUCAACAUCGACCCCAGAACCCCAAUACCUGGUGUUGGUACCGUUUCUGAUCCAUGCUGAGACCUCUGAGAAGAUCUGUGUCCAUCUGAGCCACUUGAAUGAAUCUGUGUCUCUAAGCAUCACUUUGGAAUAUGAAGGACAGAACAGGAGCCUGAUCGAUAACGUGUUGGCUGAGAAGGACUUCUUUGGGUGCAUCCCAUUCACAGUUCCCAGGUGGAAUGGUUCAUCUGUAGUGCUCCUCAGAGUGGUGGUGAAAGGGCCAACACACGAAUUUAGAAGCCAAAAAACGGUGCUGGUCAAGAACCUGGAGAGCCUGGCCUUUGUCCAGACUGACAAACCCAUCUACAAGCCAGGGCAGAAAGUUUUGUUUAGAAUAAUCUCUCUGAAUGAAGAUUUCCUUCCUCUGAAUGAGAAGUUUCCUUUGGUUUACAUCGAGGACCCCUACGAAAACCGCUUAAUUCAGUGGCAAGAUGUCCAGCUGCAGAACGGCUUCACCCGGCUCUCCUUUCCUCUCACUUUUGAGCCUAUCCACGGUACCUACAAGGUGGUGGUACAGAAACGUUCUGGAAACAACAUAGAACACCGAUUUGAAGUAAAGGAACGUGAGCUGCCCAAAUAUGAGGUCUCCGUGAAGUUGCCCAGGAUCAUAACAAUUUACACUGAGGAACUAAAAGUGACUGCCUGUGGAACGUAUACCUAUGGGAAGCCAGUCCCUGGCCUGGUGAAGGUUAGGGUCUGCCGGAAAUAUGCUGAAAGCAGAUCCCAAUGUAGUAGAAGAAUGCCAGAGGCUAUAUGUGAAGACUUCAGCGGUGAGACAGAUGCACAUGGAUGUCUCACUCGGGUAGUGAAAACAAACAUAUUUGAGUUGAAGAGGAAAGGAUACGACAUGAGCAUCCGGGUGACUGCCCAGCUCAUAGAAGAAGGCACAGGGUUGGAAUUAAUAGGCUUCAGUUACACUGAGAUUACCUCCACUCUCAGCAAAGUUACCUUUGAAGAAAUGGAUACUUAUUACAAGCCUGGGCUCCCCCUUUUUGUGAGGGUGAAACUGGUAGAUAGCAUCGGUGUGCCAAUGGCCAAUGAAACAAUCCAGAUUCGUAUUGCGAUGCCUCCGUACAGCGCCAGCUACAAAACUGAUGGCCAUGGGAAAGCACGGUUUUUCAUCAACACUGACAAUUUCACAGAACAGAGUAUUCACGUAGAGGCACUUUAUAAGUCGCCAGACGACUGUUUCGAUAUGAGCUGGGUCACGCCUUCUCAUCAAAGUGCAACUAAAACAGCAUUUUAUCACUAUUCACCAAGUAAAAGCUACAUCCAUAUUGAUUCUGUUCCUGAGACCUUAAGCUGUGGGCAUAUUCAGCCGCUCAAAGUACGUUACAUCUUAAAUCUGGAUGCUGUAGCAGAGAAGAUUCACUUCUAUUAUUUGGUGAUGGCCAAGGGAGGUAUUGUGGAAUCUGGGAUCCAUGCAGAGCCUGUGGAGAAUGGAAAAGCCAAAGGAAUGUUUCUUCUGGAUCUCUCUGUGGACAUCAAAACUGCUCCUGUAUUGAACUUGUUUCUAUAUGUCAUUCUGCCCAGCGGAGAACUUGUUGCUGACACUAUAGAAUUUGCUGUUGAAAACUGCUUUUCAAAUAAGGUGAAAUUGUCGUUUUCGGCUGCCGAAGGCCUGCCCAACAGCAAGACUCAGCUCCAUCUUGCGGCCUACAAAGAUUCCCUUUGCGCUAUCCGUGCUGUCGAUAAGAGCGUUCUGAAACCUGAAGCUGAGCUCUCACCUCGUACUGUCUAUAAUUUGCUUCCUGUGAAGAACCUUAGAGGUUAUUCCUACCAGAACCACCGUUUGGAUGAACCAAAUAUGGAGCAGUGUGUGACUCCCAAACAUACUAUUGUGGAUGGCAUUCACUACAGUCCUUUUUCACAUGGUAAAGGUGACCCCUAUGAACUCAUGAAGAACUUUGGCCUUAAAGUUUUUACUAAUGUCAAGAUCCAUCAGCCUGAGUUCUGCAACACAGUUUUAAAUAGAGGUGGAGUUCCAGGUUUUCGAAGUGUAAGAAUGAGCUACGAACAUCCAGCAUCUCCCGUGGUAAGGGCAGGAGCACCUAUGGACAGGACCCUUUCCCCCGAGACGUGGCUUUGGUUGGAAGCCUCAGUCAAUUCUGACGGACAGGCGGACGUGCCCGUGACCAUUCCAGACACCAUCACAGAGUGGAACGCAGGCGCCUUCUGUACAUCGGCGGAGGCAGGCUUCGGCCUCUCCCAGACUGUCUCCAUCAAGACCUCCCAACCCUUCUUCCUGGAAGUCUCCUUGCCUUACUCGGUUGUGCGGGGUGAAGCCUUUGUCCUGAAGGCCACAGUCUUCACCUAUCUCCAGCACUGCAUCAGAGUGGCCAUAUCCUUGGCUCCCUCUGUGGACUUUGUGGCUUCCCCGCUGGAGAAUGAGGAAGAAUCUUACUGUCUGUGUAUGAGUGAAAGGCAAAUGGUGUCCUGGACAGUUACACCAAAAUCUUUGGGUGAAGUGAAUGUUACAGUGAGUGCUGAGUCGAUAAAAUCUGAAAAGCUGUGUGGGAACGAAAUAGUGAAGAUCCCCAGCGAAGGACAAACAGACACUGUGAUCAAGUCAUUUUUAGUUGAGCCUGAAGGAGUCGAGAACGAGGUGGUCUUCAACAACGUGAUCUGUGGAACUGGAGACUCCGAAGCACCUGUUUCCUUGACGGUUCCAGAAAAUGUGGUUGAGGGCUCAGCCAGGGCCUAUUUCUGUGUGCUUGGUGAUAUCCUGGGCACAGCCUUACAGAACUUGCAGCAGCUGCUCCGACUUCCCUAUGGAUGUGGAGAGCAGAACAUGGUCCUCUUUGCGCCCAACAUCUACAUCCUGGACUAUCUGAACAAGACGGAGCAACUGACUGAGGAGACCAGAUCCAAGGCCAUUGGCUACCUGGUUGCUGGCUACCAGCGGCAGCUAAAAUACAAGCACACUGAUGGCUCUUAUAGCACCUUUGGACUACGUCACCAUGUGCAAGGAAACACGUGGCUGACCGCUUUUGUGCUCAAGUCCUUUGCACAAGCCCGUUCCUACAUCUUUGUUGAAGACCAGCUCAUCACGGAUGCUCAGGCCUCCUUGGUUUCCAGGCAGAAGGAGAACGGUUGCUUCCAAAGCUCUGAACACCUCCUGAACAAUGCCAUCAAGGGCGGGGUUGAUGAUGAAGUCACUCUGUCUGCUUAUAUCACAAUCGCUCUGCUGGAGAUUCCUUUGCCCGUCUCUCACCCUGUUGUGCGCAAUGCUCUCUUUUGCUUGGAGACUGCGGCCCAGGCAGAAGACAUCCACGUCUACACCCGGGCUCUGUUGGCCUAUGCCUUUGCCUUGGCAGGGAAAGAGGAGAAGAAGAAAGAGAUGCUGUCCUCCCUUGAGGAGGCAGCUGUAAAAGAAGGAGAUGGCUCCAUGCAUUGGCAGAAGCCUGGCAGACAACAGAAGGAGCCCAAUCAGCCAUUCUACGAGCCCCCGGCUUCCUCUGCAGAGGUAGAGAUGACAGGUUACGUGCUCCUUGCUCACCUCACCGAAAAGCCAGUGCUAUCCAAGGAGGCUCUGACAACAGCAUCCAAGAUUGUCAAAUGGCUCAGCAAGCAGCAGAAUCCCACAGGGGGGUUCUCUUCUGCCCAGGACACCGUGGUUGCCCUGCAGGCCCUCUCCCUGUACGGGGCUUCCACCUACUCCAAGACUGAUGCACAAGCAGAAGCAAAACUGCUCUCUGGGAAGGAAGUCCAGCACCAGUUUCAGGUGGACAAACACAACCGCUUGCUGCUUCAGUGCGGAGCUGUGGCCAAAGUGCCAGGAGACUACAGCGUGCAAGUGACGGGAGAAGGGUGUGUCUACGCGCAGACCACCUUGAAAUACAAUGUGCAGCCCCGCCAUGAGGGAGAAACUUUCGCACUGGAGGUGCACACAGUUCCUGAGACGUGUACAGGACCUAAAGCCAACGUAGUGUUUGACGUGGUUAUCAAUGUCAGCUACACUGGCAAGCGCCCAACCCCUAACGUGGCAAUCAUUGAUGUUAAGAUGCUGUCAGGAUUCAUUCCAGUGAAAUCAUCAGUGAGAAAACUAGAAAUGCCCAGGAUGAUCAAGCGGACAGAAGAGAGCAGAGGUGAUCGCGUCAUAGAGUACAUAGAGCUGCAUGAAAGGGAUGUCAAGCAGACAGAAGUGAGCACCAAUCACGUCCUACUGUACUUGAAACAGAUGAGCAAUGUGACUCAGAGCUACUCCUUCACGGUGGAGAGGGAGGCGCCCGUUCAGGACCUGAAGCCUGCCUUGGUGAAAGUCUAUGAUUACUACGAAACAGAUGACUUUGUCGUGGCUGAGUACAACACCCCCUGCAGUACAGGUGAGAUUAAACAGAAGACUGCAUGAUGAAUGAAGAGAUCCAAAGUUCCCAUUCUGGUUCUUGUUUAAAUUUUUCUUCCACUGGAUGAUGAAGACUACCAAAGAUAAAGAGGAAAGGCCCUUUCCCAGAUGUCUUCUGGUUGCCUGUCCCAUAUGUGUCACCAUUUUAUAAACUGACCAUCGUAAGCCUCACCCAACUGUGGCUUUACCCAGAAGAACAACCUGAACGGCUGUGGGAAAGCAGAAUAAAUACGCGAGAAGAGUCUGUACAGACUGUGCCCCUUAAAGCAAUGUACCCUUUCUCAGUCUGAGAUCCGCAAUGUCCGUCUGUUGGAGAUAAUAAAAAAUACUUCCUAUUCUACA